AUGAGUAUCGGUUCUACAAUUGACGUCGAAGAGAAAUGUCGAUUCAAUGCUUGGUGUUUGACAGACAAUGGAAUUGUUCAAGACGAGAAUGAUCUAGUUGUGCGGAAAAAGGAUAAAUCUGACUACGAAGGUCGCAUUGUUGAAGUUCCGAAAGAUUUAAACUUAGAGCUUCGUGUCGCACUACCGGAAGUUUCGAAAUCGAGAUCGAAAUCAGAAUCAAGGUUAGGAUCUAAAUCGAAAGAAGUGGUUACCAAGAAGACACAAGUGUCUUCGAAUCACAAAAAUCGUUUUGUGCAUACUCAAAUGCGUACAACCAAUAACCUCGAAAUUGAACAUGAAACUGUAUCGAAUAAUAACGAAGAAAGCUCCACCGAUGAGGAUCGCUUGGAAUCCAAACAGAUUAUGGUGCCAUCCGAUCCAUCCAAGUGGAACUCGAGCCACAUAGCCUCGUGGGUUUCGUGGUGCAGUCAGACAUUUUCGAUAAGACCAACGCCGAUCGCCACGAUACUUCCGUCGAACGGGAAGGAUCUGCUGAAAUUGUCUCUGCGAGAUUGGCAAGAAAUCGGCGGCCUGGGGGGAGGUCGCCUUCUGGCUCAACACUUGGGCCAUCUUCGUUUACAAGCGACUGGCGUGCAUACUCCCGAUCUACUGCAGGAGAACGAAAACGGCACCGAAAGGUUCAGCCUCCUACAACGGACUUGCUCGCUCAUUGGGUCGACGGCUGGAGCAGGGGGUUCGGGGGCGGUCGGAGGCGGACAGGUCCAGCUCUGGCAGUUCCUGCUGGAGCUGCUCUCGGAUUCGUCCAACUCUUCCUGCAUCGCGUGGGAAGGCUCGAACGGGGAAUUCAAGCUCACCGAUCCGGACGAAGUCGCGCGUCGAUGGGGCGAGCGCAAGAGCAAGCCCAACAUGAAUUACGACAAGCUGUCGCGCGCGUUAAG